UUUAUUCCAGUCUGAUACUACUAAGUUUUGAUCCCAGUGGGAUCACGAUUAUUUUAUUUAUUUUUUUAUUCCCGUCGGAUACCACUUGCAUAAUAUACCAGUGGGAUCAACUUUUUUUAAUUUAUUAUAUAUUCCAUUCUGAUCCUACUAGUGGUUUAAACAUAUUUUUAGUACAGCCAGUAACAUAAUUUCUACUAUCAUAAUGAUACUAAUUUAAAAAAAGUAAUAAUAGCCAUACAUGCAGCUUUUUUACCUGCGAACGUAGUAGGCGCGCUUGUCCAUCCAAUCAGAGACAAGUAUAACUAAUAUUUCCAGGAAUUGUUUCAUACUUAGAGCUAGUUGACCUUGAGAAAGGGGUUAUCUUUAUUCUAAUUGCCAGUCGUCAUUUUGCUUUCCAAUGUGAAAUUAUGUGCAUCUCAUUGUACGUGACGUGUUGAAGUGAAUUACUAGACAGUAAGUACGCAUCUUGUAAUAUUAAACGAUUGCUAUAGAUUUAUUAAAUUCUAUUUUCAUUUACAAAGUUUUAUUGUUAUAGAACAGUUAAGGCAUGGCAGAGAAUAGUUAUAUUUCGUUUAUAGAAAAGAUUAACGUUUAUUUCAACACAUCAAUUUUAUUAUCAUCAUUAUCCUAGAACUUUAUGUUUUUAAUUGAUGUAUAAUAAUGAAAAUGUUAUUCGUUUUAGGAAAUGUCAGAAGGUAAUAGCAAGCCCUCUACCUCUAAUAACUCUGGUGGUGAGUUCACAAUUAUACAGAGGAACGGUGGUGCAGUUUUGUUGCGGGCUGGUUACCAAUAUACUAAGAAAAUAACAUUCAAAAGUGGAUGUAUUACGUGGAGAUGCGUGAAUUGGCGCAAAAAGUGCCCGGCAUAUAUAAAUAUAAAGGAAAACAACAUUAUAAAAGAAAAAAGUCACCAAUGUAAGCCGGACGAAAUAAAAAAUGUAGUAGAUCAAAAAUUACAUGAAUGCCGAGAAAAGGUUCUAUCUUCGAAUUUUUCACCAAUACCCAAUAUUUACAACAACUUUAUGUCAGAAUUCGAAAAUGCAGGCUUGGAUCUCUUAAAAAAGCUUCCGUCAUUCGGAAACAUUAAAUCUUCUUUAUAUAAUGCCAGAAAUAAGAAAGCCGGAGUGACAAAAAUACAAUGCAAUUUGCCUGAAGAAGUUAUAGUUCCUUUGCAGUUCAAGGAAUUUGUUCUUGCCGACUACUAUAAUGAAUCUUCCGAAACUCGAAUUAUAGUUUUUGCUGAUAGCGAAGUCCUGGAACAAAUUAAACAUAUCAAGAUUUAUUUUAGUGACGGAACUUUUGAGUGCUGCCCAAAACCAUUUGUACAACUUUAUUCUAUACACGGCGAUCUCGGAAGCAAUGAAGAGCACACAAGAAUAGUGCCUUUAAUGUACGUGUUGCUGAAUAGAAAAACUGAAGAAAUUUACACAACACUUUUUCAAGUAUUAAAGGAACAUAUUCCAGAUUGGGAACCGUUGAUAUAUGUGACAGAUUAUGAACAAGCGGCUAUGAAUGCCAUAUCAAAAGUUUUCCCUUCAGUCGAAGUAAAAGGAUGUUACUUUCAUUUUUCACACAACGUGUGGAAGAAGGCUAAAGCGCUAAAUUUAACUAAAGAAAAGAGACUCCGAAAACAUGUAGCGCUCUCAGCUCUCCUGCCGCUGCUACCUCGAGAAUUCAUCUCAGACGGGUGGUGCUAUUUAAUGGAAGACAGUCCUGAAUCUAAUGAAAUUCAACAAUUCAACGAUUAUAUGGUGACACAAUGGCUGGAAGACGAAAAUUUUGUCAACAUUUGGUGUGUUCAUAAUCAACGUCACCGCACAACCAAUGCUGUAGAAUCUUGGCAUAAAAAACUAAACAGUACUCUGCCAAAGAAACCCAAUUUAUUUCAACUCUUAAAAGUUUUAAAAGAUGAUGCCAGUCUUCAAAAGGUUAACAUUAAAAAGCAUAAUUUUGAGCUGCCGAACCCGAAGCGAAGACUAACCAAAGUGAUUGCUAACGACAACUGGUUUAAACACGUAACUAAUGAACUUUUGUCAGGUAAAAUCACAGUUGGUCACUGCCUGGAAAAGUUAAGAUUAUGAUUUCUUUUUAUUUUAUUUCCUUAUUUUGUAAAUUUUUAUAUACAGAUUAUAUGAAUGACUUAUCUAUAUUUUUAGUUAAGAUAACAAGUUGAUUUGAAGCUAGUCGUUGUAAUUAAUAUUUGAUAGUUUUAAUUUAAAUGUAAAGUGUUUUCUGUGAUGAUUUAUUUUUCUAUGAUAUCUGUGAUAAUUGUUGUAAAUAAAUGAAUGUUGAUUUUUAACGAAUGACUUUUUUCCUGACUGUACAUACCCCUUUUUUAACUUUGCAAGAAUGUAGUAGGAUCCGUUGGGACGUACAAACUGCAAGUGGGAUCAGACGAGAAAUUGUUAAUAAUACUCACGGUAGGAGGAUCACAAAUAGUGGUAUCCGACUGGAAUAAAUCU